UACCAUAGAGAGUUAAAGAAGCAAAAUACCGAUAAGCUGCAGUUUGCACAUGCGCAGCACGGGCUCGCGUACGUGACGGGCUAAGCAAGUUAGCGCUAGCUUACUGUUGCUCGCUGCUCCUUCAAAAUUUCACCGGUUUGAGUUUGUGUAACUGGCAGUCCUGCAUCAUGCUCAGAGCCGCCGUCCAACUCUCGUUCUCCGGUGUUAGGAGUUUAACCCGUACGCAACCAGGGUGCCAAGCUUUUUUGGUGUCAAGGUGUUACUCACAUGGGAAGCAAGAGACCGAUGAGGAGUUUGAUGCCCGCUGGGUCACCUAUUUCAACAAGCCAGACAUUGACGCAUGGGAGCUGAGAAAAGGGAUGAACACAUUGAUUGGUUACGAUCUUGUACCUGAGCCCAAGAUUCUCGAGGCAGCACUGAGAGCCUGUCGGAGGUUAAACGAUUUGGCCAGCGCUAUCCGGAUUUUGGAAGCUGUGAAGGAUAAAUCCGGCCCUCAUAAAGAUAUCUACCCGUAUCUGAUCCAAGAGCUGCAGCCAACAUUACAAGAGCUUAGCAUCCCGACACCUGAAGAGCUUGGCAUUGACAAAGUGUAGAUGAAUCUAAAAAACGUGGCUAUCCCAGGACACAGAUCUCUUGUGCUUAAAUGUUUGCUUCUUAUAAAUUGUGUGAUAUUUAAUUUGGCCUUUUAUUAAGUUCUUUUGCUGGUAAAAUAAUGAUGAACAUAAUAAAGGAAAGUGUAUCUUUAUUAAGUGCCACACAUUUUGGGAUAUUUUAAUUAAUUUUAGUACAUUUUGAAGCAAUACACUCAAAUCAUAAGUUGCGUUAAUGGAAAGCAGAACAUUGCUUUUAUGGUGCAUUUUUUUGAGUGUCUGGACAUUUUUGUGAGUUGCAUUUUGCCACCAGGGAGCAGCAUUUUCACAUGCAUGUAAAAAUCAUUUUACUGUAUUCAAUCUAUACGUCUGUUUUCAUUUCAGGGAAAAUUCACAUGCUUGUAAAAUAAACGUGUUCUAAUGGCAA